AUGACAUCUCGCACGGAGCAAACGCCGGUAACCAAUGAGUGCGGCCACGACGAAAUCUGCAUCAACAAUGAGCCCACGACAAGGCUGCGGCAGACGCCGUUGUGCCAAGCGCACGUCAAACGACGGCCAAUUCGGCGGCACGGGCAUGGCCACGAAGGCGCUCGACUCCUCGGGCCGAGAAAGGCACUCCUGCACUUCGUCCGAACCGAGACACGGCUCAUCCCCAAGAUGAGUCGCUCCUGCUCCGGCCGUUCCCGUGCUGAACAGCGCCACCGAUUUCGGGCGCGGUACCCCAAGCGUGCUUGCCCGAGCUACCUAGAUCUCGUUCAAUCGAUAAUGGGCUGCCACAGACACGCGGCAAGCAUACAAAAGGGCAGAGAGACAGGAGAGAAAGGCGAUCGUAUACAAGCCAGCGGCGUGGUUGUUUCGUUGUUACGAGGCGAUGCGUGUGCAUGUGGUGGCCCUGGCGCGAUGUGA